CGCCCUGCGCGGCUCUCCCGGCCGGCGGCUGGCCCCGCUGCUCCUGCUGCUGCUGAUCGCCUCCACCCCGGGCGCUAAGGACAGUAGUGAGGCAGCAGAAGGAGCAGGCGCCUGGGAUGAAGAGGUCACCAAGUGGUGGGGGGAAUGGAGCUCCUGGUCCACGUGCUCCCGUACCUGUGGGGGAGGAGUGAUGUCCCGGGAGAGGCACUGCUUGCGGCAAAGGCUCCACCUAUCCCAGGGCACAAACAGCACCAUGUGUGGGGGCCAAUCCAAGCGCUACCAGCUGUGCCAGCAACAGCCUUGCCCAGCCAAUACGGCCAGCUUCAAACAACAGCAGUGCGCCACCUUCAAUGCCAAGGCCUUUGGGAAGCACUAUUAUCACUGGACGCCUCUCUACCCAGAUGAUUACACCAGUAUCUCCAACAAGCCUUGUGACCUCCAGUGCACCACCAGGAGUGGAGAGAGACAGCUGAUGGCCCGCGCACAGGACGGCACAUCCUGCAAAGACAGGACGUACCAGGGGGUCUGCAUCAAUGGCAAGUGUGAGCCGGUUGGGUGCGACGGGAGUCUCUACUCAUCCCGGACGAUGGACAGAUGCAGGGUGUGCGGAGGGGACGGCAGCACUUGCUACCGGGUCUCAGGCAGCUUCCGAAAGGGGAUCUCACAGUUAGGCUACGUGUUUGUCACAAACAUCCCUGCCGGCGCCACGGACAUUCUCAUCAUCGAGCGCCGGAAGACUGAGAACAUCCUGGCACUGGCGGAUGAAUCUGGGCACUUCUUCUUCAACGGGAACUCAGCCAUUGACAAUCCCCAGAACUUCCGGGUGGCUGGCACGGUGUUCAAGUACCGCCGCCCUUCCAACCUGCACGUGGAUGGCCUGGAGUACAUCAUUGCCCAGGGCCCCACCAAUCAGUCUCUGAAUGCCAUGUACUAUAACUUCAAUGGGAAAAUGCCCCAUAUAACGUAUGACUAUACUGUGCCACAUGUGCCCUCAGCAGCUCUCCGAACAGCUGCACCUGCUCUCGAGGCACCUCUCUAUCUUCAUCUACCGGACUCCAGCCCCAAACAUCCAGCCCCAGUCCCAGCAGACUCUGGGACUGUGCAUGAUUUCAAUGCCACUUGGCUCUCUCUCGCCCCGGACGAUGUCAGUGACCGGUUCCCACCUGGAGAAGAGCAUGGAGACCUGAGCUUCAACAACCAGGACUUCUUCCAGAGUAACUCCACCGCUCAGGCUGGGCCCUGGGGCUGGGAACAGAGGGAAGAGGAAGAAGAGAAGUUUGGCUUCCAGAUCAGACAAGUCUACCAUGCAAAUGGAGCAGGCGAGGAGGCGGCGGCAGUAGGUGGAGAAACUGAUUUGGCUCCCAGCUUAAAUCAGAUUUCCAUCAGCACAGCCAUGCCCUACAGCGUGAUGAGGCCCGAGCUGCCGGAGAGCAGUGGGAUUGGGGCAGCCAGGCUCCGGCUCUUCAGGAGAUUGUGUCACCGGGACCCACAAAACGCUGCCUUUUGCAGGGAACUGCAGUACCUGGCUGCCAAGCUGGGCUGGAAGAACUCAACUGCGGGGCUGUGGAACGAGCUGGUGGCUGGAUGGCCAGAAGGGCUGCGCAAAGGGCCUGCCAAUACAAACUUGCUGGAGAGCAUGAAGGCAGAGGCUUAUGCAGAGAGCCAGGAGGAGGCAGCUAACUACAGUGUGAUUACAAGCGUGCAGAACCCCCUGCCGGGUUCCAACUCAAGCCUCCAUACUGCCCUCGGGAAUAGCCACCCGGCAGAACCCCUUCAAGUCCCUGGCCCUGAAAGCAACGAGUUUGAUGUGAGCCCCCUGGGCCAUGAUGACAUCAGCCUGGCCGACAUGUACCGGUGGAAGGUCUCCGCCUAUGCUCCCUGCAGCUCCACAUGCACUUCAGGCAUCAGCACCUCCUAUGCCAUGUGUGUCCGGUAUGAUGGAGUGGAAGUAGAGGAAGCGUACUGUGAUGCCCUGACCCGCCCAGAACCCACUCAUGAGUUCUGCACAGGGAGAGAAUGCCAGCCCAGGUGGGAGACCAGCCGUUGGAGCGAGUGCUCCAGGACCUGUGGGGAGGGCUACCAGUACCGGACCGUGCGCUGUUGGAAGAUGCUGGCUCCAGGCUUCGACAGCUCUGUUUAUGACGAGCUGUGUGAGUCUGCUGGGCUAGCCAGGCCUAUGGAGAGGAAAGCGUGCAAGAACAAGGCGUGUGGGCCCCAGUGGGAGCUCUCCGAGUGGUCGGAGUGCUCUGCUCGAUGCAGCAGUCAGGGGAUGAUGAAGAGGGAGGUACGCUGCUCAGUAGAGCCAGCCCUCUGCGAUGAGGCCCUGAAGCCUGUCAGUGAGAAGGAGUGCACAGGCCCACCCUGUGACCGGCGCUGGAUUGCCUCUGACUGGGGACCGUGCUCAGGUUCGUGCGGCAAGGGGCGGAUGAGCCGCUUUGUCGUGUGUCGCAACUUGGAGGGGAAGGUGAUCUCGGACUCUCAGUGCGACCCGGCCGUCAAGCCUCUGGCUGUCUACCCCUGUGGAGACAAGAACUGCCCUGCACACUGGGUGGAGCAGGAAUGGGACCAGUGUGAUGCCAGCUGCGGGCGGGGGGUGAAGACCAGAAGCGUGCUGUGUGCCGGCCUGGAGAACGGCGUGUACAGGGAGUAUCCAGAAAAGCGAUGCAAUGCCUCCCAGAAACCUGAGGUGCAGGCAGCCUGUUUCAAGAGGCCUUGCUCUACGUGGUUCACGACCUCCUGGUCUCAGUGCAGUAAGACGUGUGGUGCCGGCCUGCGGCUCCGAGAGGUGAAAUGCUACCAGGGAGAUGCCCUGGGACAGGGCUGUGACCCAGCUUUCAAACCCGACGCCAAGCAGACGUGCCAGCUCCAGGUGUGCCCCACAGAGGCACCAGACGAAGACUGUGAAGACAAAACGACAGCCAACUGCGUGCUGGUGCUGAAGGUGAAGCUGUGCUCCCAUUGGUACUACAGGAAGGCCUGCUGCCGGUCGUGUAGGAGUAAGGCGUCCUGAUGGCUGCCACACCACACUUCCCUUCCAAGACCAAGGGGCAAGAUCCCCUUAGAAAUAGACUCCACCAUAAACCCCUUUUCUGUGACAGAAGCCAUUCCGCCUGGGGUACUCCGUCACGGAGCCAGUCCCUGUAGAAGAUCCUGCUCAGCUAGGAAGGAUUCCUGGGGCACACAUAGCAAUAACGGUUCCCUCUUCACCUAUAGGAUUUUAUAGAGAGACCAGCAAUUCCUACAAAGCAACCAGAGCCUGGGUAGUGUGGGACGUUGGUCCCUGCUGUCCAGCACCACCAAGGAGCUGCUCCUCUUCCCCACCACACUGCUAAUUCGUGGCCCUAUUCCUGCUGGGUCUGCACCCAGAGCUUCAGGGAUGUGACAAGGAGUCCCAACAAGAGAUGGCCGAGUGUGUACCACAGCUAGCAGCAGCUAGGCCACCUGCUGUACCCUCCAGCCACAAGGUCAAUUUUCAAACAAAAAAGUCAUUUGACAGUAAAGCAAUAACCAUCCA